AUGCCGGGGCCCGAACGACGCGAACGCUCUCCGACGCCCGCACACAGCCACGCGGCCCCUGGCACCGCAGCGCUUCUCUUCCGGCGCCCAGCCAUGGAGCAGGAGGAGGACGCUGGCCCAGAGGUGCGGAACCUGAGGAGCCCAGAGCCAAGCACGCGAGGCAUUGCCUCAAAAUCAGAGACACUGGCACCCAGCCCCACGGAGGGCCAGAGCAGACCAGCUGGGGCUGUCGUUACGGGCCACGCCGCGCCAUGCAAAGCAGUGUCUGCCCGCACUGCUGUCCUAUCCACCAUCCUCCGGCUUCCAGCUGUGGCUUUUCAAGGAGUUUUUAAGAAAUAGCCUGAAACCCUGGUGAGGGUGGCGCAGGUCAUCGUGGUGCGGCUGCAGGGGGUCACCUUCCUGGCUCCGCGCGACUGCCUGGGCCUGACCACGGGGCUCUUCAGCCCUGUGAGUGCGCUCGGCGCCCUAAGCGUGGCCGGCGUGGCCGCGGGGAGGGCCCAGAGGCCGAUGUGCUGCAGCCCCAGGGGCCCUGCGAGCCAGCCCCUCCCAGCAGAUCGUGCAGCAGCCUCUGGGCCUCUGCCGAAGAGGAGCCCCCCCCCCCCGCUGCCUUCUGUCCGCGAAGAGAUUGUGGACAAGCUCAGCCAGGCCCAGGCAGGUGACCAGGUUGCUUCAGCUCCACCAGGUAAGGGACCCUCUGUCCCACUCCAGACGGCAGGCAAGCCCUGGGCCCAGAGGACCCUGCACCUGUGCUCUGGCUCUCGGUCUCCGUUCUUUCUCUGCCCCCGGGUUGUGACUCGGCUGAUUCACCUCUCGGGCGAGAAGAUCCUGCGCAGCCUCCAGCGUGGAACUGCGACAGGUCACCAGUUUGGGCCACAUGCUGUAGGCAGCAAGUGGGGCUCGGGGGACCCUGCCAGCAAGCUCUCCACGGCGGCCGCCACGCCCGUGUCAGAGGCUGCGCCCCUCACCGCCUUCACCCUGGCGCUCGAGCACGCCCUCAGCGCCAUCGGCCCCGCCCGGCUGCUGACCAGCGCCAACAUAAAACAGCUCCUUGGCUCUGCUGCUCUGGACAGUAUCCACGACUACCGGCUGUCCAGCUGGCUGGGGCAGCAGGAGGACAUCCACGGGGUGGUGCUCUACCAGGCCGACAGCACGCUCACAGCCCGGACCCAGCGCCGUAUCCGGCAGGCCGACUGCAUCCUGAUCGUGGGCCUGGGCGAGCAAGAGCCCACGGUGGGGUCCCUGGAGCGGAUGCUGGAGACCGCGGCUGUGCGUGCCCAGAAGCAGCUGGUCCUGCUGCACCGGGAGGACGGGCCUGCGCCGGCCCGCACCGUGGAGCGGCUCAACAUGCGGGGCUGGUGCUCCGGCCAGCUGCACCUCUGCUGCCCUCGCCGCGUCUUCUCCAGGAGGAGCCUGCCCAAGCUGGUGUCCAAGCCCCGAGCGCCCUCCCCCUCGGGGCUGGUGGGCUUCGGCUGGGCCCGUCGGUAUGUGGCCCAGCUGCCCGCACUGCCCGCCGCACCCCAGGAGCCCUCCCAGGUGGAACUGUCCGAGCGGGUCGGCCAGAGGCCCCGGACCAGCGCUCCGACUUCUCCGGCCUGGCGCCGGCGCUUCGCCUUGCUGCUACUUGGGGGAGGCGGAGCGAGCCACACGCUCUCUUCUGCUCACACGUGCUGCUUCUGGUUGUGCGGUGGACGUCACACACGGACAGUGGCCAGAACGGUCUCAGCCCGCGCUGCUUUCCGCUGGUGGCUCGUCCGGCCCUGGGGGCUGCGCUGGGCGCCUCCGCCUGCCUCCCCACCCGCCCAAGUCUGUUCAAAGCCCGUUGCUUCAGCUCCACAGCCUCCGCGACGCCAGCGGGUGGAGGAGCGGAGUGCUCGCUGCCUCUCGGGAGUGUCCCACUCCCUCUCUGAGUUGGCAUUUUUGCCCCUCUCUCCAUGGCACGUGCAGGACUCGGGCCCUGAGGGGUGGGGUGGAACGGGACGGCCGUCCCUGGGGUCCUGGCGGCCCGGCGGCGCCGACUCCCCGCUGCGCCCAGGUCGGCAUCACCGGGCCCUGGCGGAGCACGGCAUCCCUGCGGACGUGGUCGGAGGGACGUCCAUCGGGGCCUUCGUGGGCGCCCUGUACUCUGCAGAGCGGAACUACAGCCAGAUGCGGGUCCCGGCCAAGCAGUGGGCUGAGGUCUCACCGGCCCCCACCCUCGCUGAGGAAGGAUGGGCCUGGGUCCUUCCGGAGGCCGUGGGGCUUCGGCAGGGCCUCACAUGUGCCCCCGCGUGCCACCCCCCGCCGAUGGAGAAGACCGUGCCAGACCUGACCUACCCCAACCCCUCCGUGUUCUCGGGGACCGGCUUCAACAGAAGCAUCUGCAGCGUCUUCAAGGACAGGCAGGUCGAGGACCUGUGGGUCCCCUACUUCGCCGUCACCACGGACAUCACGGCCUCUGCCACGCGGGUCCACACAGACGGCUCCCUGCGGAGGUACGUGCGUGCCAACAUGUCCUGGUCGGGCUACACGCCCCUCCUCUGCGACCCCAAGGAUGGACACCUGCUGGUGGACGGAGGCUACAUCAACAACCUCCCAGGCACCGUGGCGGAUGGGGUGGGGCCACCCGGUCAAUGGGGGCAAAGCAUGGGCAGCCGGGACGAGACAGACCUCACCAACGACGGGGGUGCGCUCUCCGGGUGGUGGCUGCUGUGGAAGCGCUGGAAUCCCCUGGCCACGAAGGUCAAGGUGUUGGACAUGGCGGAGACCCAGACGUGCCUGGCCUACGUGUGCUGCGUCCGGCAGCUGGAGAUGGUGAAGAGCAGCGAGCGACUGCUGUACCUGCGCCCCGCCGCCCCCCGCAUCGACAGCUACGGCACCCUGGGCUUCGGCAAGUUCGACGAGAUCUGCAGGUGGGGGUACCAGCACGGCCGGACGGUGUUUGGCAUCUGGGGUCGCAGUGGCGUGCUGGAGAAGAUGCUACGGGACCGGCGGGAGACGAGCGAGGUGAAGGCGUACAAUGUGCUCACCUGCCCCAACGCCUCCUUCACGGACCUCACUGAGAUCGUAUCACGUAUCGAGCCUGCCAAGGUGGCUGCAGCGGACGAUGAGUCUGACUACCAUACCGAAUAUGAUGAGGUGCUGCUGGGCGGCCCCAAGGACUUCCAGAGUGCCCCAGCUGACCUGGCCUCCGACUCGGCGGAUGAGCCCUCGCUUCGGCAUCAUCGGCACUCCCGUCCGGCUUCGCCCGAACCAUCCCAGGACUUCGCAUCCUCCCUGGCUCUCUGA